AGACAGCGCAUCAAAUCCAUGUUCUACCACGCCUACAACAGUUACCUUGACAACGCCUUCCCCUACGAUGAGCUCCGCCCUCUCACCUGCGAUGGACAGGACACAUGGGCGUUUGAGACUCCCACCGGCAUGCCGUACGGUACGGUGAACCUCCUGCGUGGCGUCAGUCCCACUGAGACACCGGUCACCUGUACUGCUGGCGUGGGAACCUUCAUCCUGGAGUUCGCCACACUGAGUCGACUAACGGGAGACCCGACAUUUGAGAACGUCGCCCGCCGAGCCCUGAGAGCCCUGUGGAAGACCAGAUCUGACAUCGGACUGGUGGGGAACCACAUUGACAUCGUGUCCACGAAGUGGGUCGCUCAGGAUGCUGGUAUUGGCGCGGGAGUCGACUCGUACUUCGAGUAUCUGGUCAAAGGAGCCGUUAUGCUGCAGGAUGAAGAGCUGCUCAGCAUGUUCCAGGCGUAUGAUCGAGCCAUCCAGAACUACACCCGCUUUGACGACUGGUACCUGUGGGUGCAGAUGCACAAAGGAACUGUGUCCAUGCCCAUUUUCCAGAGUCUGGAGGCCUUCUGGCCCGGCCUGCAGUCUCUGCUGGGAAACCUGGACAGCGCUGUGAGAACUUUCCAGAAUUAUUAUUCUGUGUGGAGACAGUUUGGAGGACUGCCUGAGUUUUACAGCAUCCCUCAGGGUUACACUGUGGAUAAGAGAGAGGGCUACCCACUGAGACCAGAGUUGAUCGAGAGUGCGAUGUACCUGUUCAGGGCGACAGGUGAUCACACCUAUCUCCAGCUGGGCGUCGACGCUCUGGAGUCCAUCGAGAAGAUCGCCAAGACGCCGUGUGGAUAUGCCAGCGUUAAAGACCUGCGAGAUCACCAGCUGGACAACAGGAUGGAGUCCUUCUUUCUAGCUGAAACCAUCAAGUACCUCUACCUGCUCUUUGACCCCACCCACUUUCUGCACGGCGGAGGGACGGAGGGGGACGGGUCGUGGGAGGAGGGUGGGGAGGCGGGGGAGUGCGUGUUAGGGGCAGGGGGGUUCAUCUUUAACACGGAGGCUCACCCUCUGGACCCAGCGGCGCUGUACUGCUGCGGCCGGCACAACCAGGACCGCCAGGAGCUCCAAGACAUCCUGCUCACCCUGUCGCAGCCCGGCAGCCAAUCAAAACCCCCUCCCGAACAGACAGAGGGGGGCAGCCAAUCGGAGAGCAUUGCUCUGAAACCGGGAGAGAAGAAGAUGCCCCCUCUGCUGUCCUGCCCCGUUCAGCCGUUCAGCGCUCGGCUCUCCAUCCUGGGACAAGUUUUUACCGACAACACGUGAGACGACUUCCUCCGAGCGUCUCGCCGCGAGCGACUGAGUGAGACCCCGAAUCUCAGCAGCUCCGUGAUUGAAAACGGAGUUUUCAGAGACGUUGCUACACAGAUCUGCUGGGGUUCGCUUUUUGUUGCUAUGAAGGAGCUCAGGACCAGAACUUUGCUGUGCUUUGUUGCCAUGAUGUAAUUUAAAUUAAAGAGAAA